CCCUAUUAAUACGGGCCCGGCCGCCGCGAACGCUUGAGCAACAGCGAGCUGCCACGCACCGACCAUCACGCAGCGGCGCGCGAUCGACCGAGCUCAUCCAGCCUCCAGCAAAGAUGGUGAACUUCAUCGAGGCGCAGAAGCCGCUGCUGUCACGGCUGAUGAAGAUGGCCGGGCUCCGCCCCAUCGAGGUGGAGCUGGAGCCUGGCACGACCAUGCACGUGUGGGCGCCCAAGCACCACGUCGGCAAGAAGGGCACCACCAUCAGCCCGCUCGAGCCUACCGCCGCCGCCGCCGACGCCGACGCCAAGAAGAAGAAGAAGACGACGACGAAGAAGAGGAGCCCGGAGUCGAGGCCCAACGUGGUGCUGAUCCACGGCUUCGCCGCCGAGGGCAACGUGACGUGGCAGUUCAACUUCGGCGUGCUGGUGUCGCGCUACAACCUGUACAUCCCGGACCUGAUGUUCUUCGGCAAGUCCACGACGUCGAGCGCGGACCGGUCCCCGGACUUCCAGGCGGCGUGCGUGGCCGGGGCGCUGGCGCGGCUGGGCGUGGCGCACUGCGACGUCGUCGGCUUCAGCUACGGCGGCAUGGUGGCGUUCAAGCUGGCCGAGGCGCGGCCGGACCUGGUGAGGUCGCUGUGCGUGUCCGGGUCCGUGGUGGCCAUGACGGACGCCGUGAACAGGGAGACCAUGGAGCGGUUGGGGGCGGGUUCGUCGGCCGAGCUGCUCAUGCCCGACACGCUCAAGGGGCUCAAGGCGCUUCUCUCCGUCUCCAUGUACAAGAAGAUGUGGUUUCCCGACAGGUUCUACAAGGACUACCUCAAGGUAAUGUUCACCAACAGGAAGGAAAGGAUGGAGCUGUUGCAGGGGCUGAUAACUAGCAACAUGGACGCCAAGAUCCCAGUAUUCCAACAGAAAAUAAUGCUGCUGUGGGGCGAGGAGGACAAGAUCUUCAACAUCGAGCUCGCCAAGAAGAUGAAAGAGCAGCUGGGCGACAACUGCUUCCUGUACGGCAUCCGCAAGGCCGGCCACCUGCUCCACGUCGAGCGGCCGUGCGCCUACAACCGCCAGCUCCAGAGGUGGUUCGCCUACGUCAACUCCACGGCUGCCGGAGACCAGGCCAGCUGAUGGAUCGAUACAACUACACGCAAGCGCCCUGCUCCUCAUGCCCGUUUCAUCAGUUGAUAAUAUAUGGCGUGACCGGUCCUUUCUCCAUGCACCUGUGUAUUGCCGUGUUGUGUUAUUCAUGUCAGUUGUUGUUCCGAAGAAAGAAGACGUAGGUAGCCAACACGCUGUGUGUAGCUAGUGUGUGCUGAGCUGGCCAUGGUGCAUGGUUCGAUCAGUACGUGUACUUCAAGUGUAGACCUCGGUCUCGUCGUACGUGUGGACUCAUUCGUUUGGAUUAAAUUCUUUGUAUAAGACAACAAUACAUGCAGUAUGAUGAAUGAGUGUAAUGUACACAAUACUGCGUACAA